CUUUUUGUUUUUCACCCAUCGCAGCUGUGAUCACGAAAUAGCCAAGAUGGGAAAGACAAUUGUUGCUGAAAGUGAGAUAGAACAAUCAGUUUGGAAGUUAAUAGAAAAUACGAGCUUUGUAUUUGGCCUAAUUGUUGGGAAGUGCUCAUCACAGAAGGAUGCUGCCCUACACCUGAUCCCAACACCUUGUGAGGAAGGAGACAAUGAGAGCAGCGAAAAUCAGCAGUCGCCAGAAAACUUAUGUGAACAGUGGGUUGCUGAACAUGCCAGACAGGUGACAUGUAUGUUACCAGGUGGUGUUGGAGUGAUAGGCGUGUUCUACGUCUGCACCCCAAACCAGGCCACGCCCAUGGCAACCAAGGCUCGCCAGGCACUCUUCGCAAUCUACAAGCUUCUUAACAAGAGACUUCUACUUGGCUUGGACUCAAGACGGGAUAGUAGUAUGGAAUGGAGUGUGCUUCAUAUAUGUAGUACAACCAGGAAAACAACGUGUAAAACAAUCAAUGUCUUAGACCAUAAGUGCACAGCUAGGCCGGCGGAUCUCAAGUACCAGACAAACCCUCACAAGUGGUCCAUCCUUGAGAGUUGUCUGAGACUAGAUAUAGGGGUUUAUCUCCCAUCAACUGUGCCAGACUGUAGCCAGUACAGUAAGCAACUCACAGCACGUCUGUCACCAGUCACAAGAAUGAUAGAAGAUGCAAUAGCUUUAGUGGAUGGACAGCUAAGGUCCGGAUCAGAACUUCUUGAAAACCAGCAGAUGAAAAAGAAGUCCGGUAAGAAAGCGAGUACAGGCUCAAACGAAGGCAGCACACACACGGUGGAACUUGUUACGGAUAAGAAUGAUUUGAGCAGUAAGUCGAAAGAUGUGGAGCGGGGAACUGUUCAAGCCAAUAUAUACAUCACAGGAACGAUGUCCUCAAGGGCAUUUGUGGAUCCAAAGGCAACCGUUGACGAGGCUAUACAGGCAGUCAAAGAAGAUCUCCUGCGUACAGUCCACGCUAGGUUUGACCUCUUAGCUAGUGACCUUCGGCAGAGCAGCGGCGAUGAGGAACUCAAAGAAACACAGAUCGCUCCACCCACCGUCAUAGCUACACCCAGGCGCAUCUAUGCUAGACUCCGUACCAGCCCCAUCCUGGUGUCCGACUAUGCCUUUGCUGAAGAGCAGGCAGGGGAGAUAGCAGAGAGAAUGGCAGAACUCCUGGAUGUAGAGGUUAGCGAGGAAGACCUGGACCUUGACACUGAGGCAUUACCAGAUGAGAGUCUACUGAAGCCAACUGACAAUGGUGUCGAUGAAGAGGAAGGUGAACUGAAUGUAUCAACUAGAUCAAGCAAAUCAUUACAAUAUAUGGGUGCUGCUGCCGUGGGUUUGCUAGGAGCAGCUGUAGCCGGAGCUAUGUCAUACCUUGCUAUCACCCAAGAUUAAUGGCCGCACAUCUCCAUCCCUUCUCCUCUCCAAGCCCCACCAACCCUCUCCCAAUAUUCUAUCCAUCCCUCUAUCUUUGUUUCUCUCUUCCCUGUUCAUCCCAUUUCAAUUUCACCACUUUCUGCUAUGCCUCCACCUUUCUGCUUCCUAUCUCCUCCAUCCCCUCCACCUUGUUAUCAUCCCUACACAUCUAUUCCUCUUCUACCACUUUGCACCCCCCCCCCCU